AUGGUGACUUCCAAGCAACAAUACAACAAGAAGAAGUUCACAAGGGAAUACAAGGUCAAGGAGAUUCAAAAGAAUCUGACGAAAAAAGCCAGACUUAAGAAAGAAUAUUUGAAGGCUUUGAAGGAGGAAGGGUAUGCUGUUCCUGAGAAGGCACCUUCUGAAGGGAAUGAGAAGUAUGAUUAUAAGAAACGGAAAGAAGAACGUGAACAGGAGAAUAGGAGAAGGGCUCUGGAGAGGAAAGCCAUGAAGCAAGAGAAAAAAUGGAAAGAGAAGCAGAGAACAUUGCAAAGACAACAGACUCAAGAAGAAAGAACUAAAACCAUCCAGUUGAAGUUAAAGGACCGUGAGAGAAGGAGAGAGAGGCUCACUCAAAUGACGAGAAGCGGUCAACCAAAAAUGGGACCAAAGAUAGAAGAUCUCUUAAACAAGAUUAAGACAGACGACACAUACACUGGAUAG